CGGGGCUGCCGCCGCCGCCUCCCCUUACUGCAGGAGCUGCCGGCGCGGAGCGGAGCGGGCCGGGCUGGGCCCGCCCGGGCCCGCCCGCCCGCGGCCUCCAACACCGCCACCAUUCCGCCCCUACCUUCCCGUUGCCGGCGGCCCCCAGCUGCCACCAUGCAAGAGCUCAUCGCCAGCGUGGAUCACAUCACGUUCGACCUGGAGCUGGCCGUGGAGCAGCAGCUGGGGGCACAGCCGCUCCCCUUCCCUGGCAUGGACAAAUCGGGCGCGGCUGUCUGUGAGUUUUUUUUAAAGGCGGCAUGUGGAAAAGGAGGCAUGUGCCCAUUCAGACACAUCAGUGGGGAAAAGACAGUUGUUUGUAAACACUGGCUACGAGGACUGUGCAAAAAGGGAGACCAGUGCGAGUUCCUGCACGAGUAUGACAUGACCAAGAUGCCUGAGUGUUACUUCUACUCCAAAUUUGGGGAAUGCAGUAACAAAGAAUGUCCAUUCUUGCACAUUGACCCGGAGUCGAAGAUCAAAGACUGUCCCUGGUAUGACAGAGGCUUCUGCAAACACGCCCUCGGUUUGAACUGCCAAUGGGAACCACAGAGCAACCACCACUGCCUCAGCCAACACAAACACAGCAAAAGAGGACACCCCAAGUCAUUGGAGUCAUGCAAUCUCAAAAUAACAACAGUGGGAACAGAGGACCCCGGCCAUUGGAGCAGGUCACCUGCUACAAGUGUGGUGAAAAAGGUCAUUAUGCCAACAGAUGCACCAAAGGACACCUGGCCUUUCUCAGUGGACAGUGAAGGAGCAGCAGGAAGGUGCAAGGGAGCUGUUACCACUGAGGAAAGGUUUCUGCCUAGCACAAUGUCUGGAGCUAUUAAUCAGGUUGUUUUUUUAAUGCCAUUACUGAAAGAACUGGUCAGAGGCUGGCUGCUGCUAAGCAACAUUUUUGUAAUUGUUCCCAACUUUUUUUAAGUUUUAACCUUUUUAAAAUCAAUUUUGGCCUCCGCUUGUGUUCAUUGAGCCCUUAUGAAAGGUAGAUCUAAAAGCCAGUAGAUAAACCAAGCCCUUACUGGUGCAGCACUCCACAUAAACACAUCUUAGGCCAGUGUUUCUUUAAAGUAUUUUCCUUCUGCCGCUUCUCUUUGGAGAAUCUGCAGCAUUUCAGCCCUCCUUGUGGAAGCAGGAAGACUGACUGGGAAAACUUAACACUUGCAAUGCCUUCUCCUCAGUGAGGAAGCAGGGAUUCUGCUGUCCUGUAGCUCUUCAAAAGCCAAGUCCUGUUUCCAGGUCAGCCUGGUGAGCUUGUCCUGGUGGCUGACGAAACCCCUCACGUACAUCAGGCAGUAAAACCUGUGUCCACUCACUUUGUUUCUGUGCUUCUUGCUGUACUGAAGGUUAGAAAUCAGUUCUCUGGGAGAGAACUGAUCAGGGGGAGAAUAAAUUGGCAUCUCUCUGGUUAGCCAGACAAUAAGGAACAAUGAUUAUAGGAAAGCUGCAUCUGUGCUCAGUUCCCACUUGCAGAAAGGAGGGACAAGAGCACGGCUUGGAGUAGGAAUAGAAGAGCCUUGUCUCAGCCCCCAUCAUCCAGCUCACACUGAGCAGGUAUUCCCAUGCUAGAGAGCAGGAAGUGGAGCUGUAUAUUCUUAUGGAACACUGCUUUUAAAGUGUUGGUAGAUUCCUUCUGAAAGUGUAUUUUUUUUCAACACAAACCCCAUUUAUUUCGAGAUGACUAUUUCAGAAGGGCCAAUGACAAAAUGUGAAUUAAAAGAAAAAAAAAAUCCACAAUGUGGGCCUUAUUGAUUCUACCCCAUCUCUUCAUUUGCUGCCUGCCUUUAUACUUUGUUUUUAUUGAAAUGUACUGAUGGCAAAAGCUGGCUGUGAAUUUAUUUUUCUUGAAGAACAAGGUAAUUGUGGCUGGAUUAAGAGAAGUGACCAGA